CUAAGUAAGAGCAGCCCACAGGCGCAGGCGGGACUUGUACGGACUUGGUGCUGCGCGGAGCAGCGAGAGACGGGAGAGGCUGCGUGGGGAUGUUAGGCGGAACGGCCGCUGGAUCAACUGACUGAAUGCCCGAUUGACGCCGUCUUUUUCGGAGGAUCGUGAUUUCCCAUCCGGAGCUAUUCUUUGCUCGCUCGUCAGCUGGCUUCCCUUUUUUCUGGAGGUGAACCCGUUCUCAGCCGCCUCGCGCCCCGACGGGUUAACCAGCCGUCCUCCUCUCCUGGUUUUUUUGGACUGCAUUUUAGCUUCACUUCUUUUUUUUCCCCGUUUCUUUUCGCUUUCUCCUCCCUAUCCCGAAGCUCCUCCUCUUCUGCCCUAUUUACUACUCUCGUUGCUUCUCCCCUUCUCCAGCCAGCAAGGUUUAGUGCCCUUCCCAGCGUGCCUUAUGAAGUCAUACCUGCCCUAGUUCCUUCCCUGCGCCCACAGGUCCUACGCCUGUGUCAUCUGCUGAAGCGGCUCCCCCUAUUUUGCAAGCCGUUCCUCACUUUGAAAAAACUCCGCUGCUUGUGGUCUCUGCUGAAAAUUAUCCUGAAGUAUUUCCAGAUCUCUGUCCCUGCUUUGGUAUUUUUUUCCAUCCUGGAUUUCGGAUUUACCUACUUGAGUUGCCCUGUGACAGAACUAGUAUGUCUCUGCUGCAUCGCUUGAUUUGUUACCUGCAGGAUGCCGAGAAAGUUGCCCGUUUCCAAAAACUAUGCGGUGUAGAAGCACUCCCGGACUGGAGGUCUGUCUCUUCGGCUCAGAUGGUGGACUCAGAUCACCCCUUGGCUAACGGGAACUGCACCAUUGCCAAGACCCAGGGUGAAAGUGGCAGACGAUGCGUGUCCCCAGGUUCUUUUAACAUGGAGGAGAAACGUGAGGAGAGCCACUCAAAUGGUAUGAAGAAUGUGAUGGUUUCUGAGGACACCUGUGGAGUGGAAUGGCAGCAAGCAUCUCUAGAAAAGCAGAAGAAGUGGGUCUCAAAAAGCCAUCCUCGCCGCAACUCUCUGACUGGAGAGUCCAUAUCGCAGAAGUUCAGAAUCCAUAAUUUUUUCCUUUAUUACCUCUUCAGCUUUGGCACAGAACUUGGCAAUGAACUUUUCUAUAUGAUGUUUUUCUCCACCUCCUUCUGGAAUGUGGAUGCUUGGCUGGGCAGGAGACUCAUCAUCAUUUGGGUUUGGAUCAUGUAUUUGGGCCAGUGCACCAAGGAUCUUAUCCGCUGGCCAAGGCCUGCUUCUCCCCCAGUAGUGAAGCUGGAGGUUUUCUACAAUUCUGAAUACAGCAUGCCCUCAACUCAUGCGAUGGCAGGCACUGCCAUUCCUGUGUCAUUGUUCCUACUCAGUUAUGGACGGUGGCAGUAUCCUUUCAUGUACGGGCUAAUUCUCACAAUUUGCUGGUCUUCUCUGGUUUGUUUCAGUCGAGUAUAUAUGGGAAUGCAUUCAGUUCUGGAUGUUAUUGCUGGUUUUCUUUAUGCUCUUCUCAUCUUGGUCGUCUUCCUUCCAACUGUGGAUCUAGUUGAUAAUUUCAACUUAACUUUCACAUAUGCACCACUAAUCAUUGUCAGUUUUCAUCUGGCUUUGGGGGUGUUUUCCUUCACUCUAGAUACGUGGAGCACAUCCCGAGGAGAUACAGCUCAGAUCUUGGGCAGUGGUGCUGGAAUUGCCUGUGGCUCCUAUGUUAGCUAUAGGCUGAAUCUAAUGCCAGAUCCUCCACAAGAAAUGCUUCCGUUAGUUCCCUCCCUCACAGUAAAUCUCUUUGGAAAGGCUGCUCUGCGAUUAUUGAUUGGAUUAGUUUUUCUGUUGCUGGUGAGAAUGAUCAUGAAGAAGGUCACCAUUCCAUUGGCCUGUAAAGUCUUUGGUGUUUCUAGUGCAGAUGUUCGAGAAGCCCGACAACACAUGGGAGUUGAAUUGCCUUAUCGCUAUAUUACUUAUGGAACAAUGGGAUUCUCAGUGGCUUUCUUUGUUCCUUUCUUAUUUUGCCUAAUUGGACUGUCUUCAUGUUAGUGUUUUCUUCAUACGGAAACAAUGAUGGACAGUUGAUCUAUGCGAGAGAUGGUAUACCUUUUGAGAAGUGCUAUGGUAUUGCCUCUGCAAAAAUUAUAUGCUGCAGGCAGUGAGCUAAAAUCUUUGAUACUGGUUAAAAAUCUUAUAGAUUCAGAUCCUUGUGAAAGGCCAUUUCUAAUCUUAUCAUUGUAACAACAUUAUAAAUAACUAAUUGGUUUGUGUGUAUGCAUAAAUACGCUUCAGACUA